AAGUGCCGGAAUUGUUGACACCAGUCAAAGAAAGAGUUACCAGGUAUGUAGUAAAUAUCUUAGAGAUAUUUGACGAAGCCACUAAACUUGCAAGCGCUGACAAAUAUCCAACGAGUUCCUUGAUAACACCAAUAAUUUGUGGAUUAAUUGAAAAUUUAGGUACGAUAGAGAAUUCAUUGCAAACUGAUGAAGGUAAAAUGUUUUGCUCAACGGUAAGACGCAAUAUGGUUGGUAGACUUUUAGCGUACGAAAUGAGGACCGUGACCCAAAUAUCCACAUAUCUGCACCCAACACUCAGAAACGGCUUUCGCCAACCAGAGCACAUGUUGUCUGCAAAAGAGAUAGUGCGUCGUGAACUGGGGAAUCUUCUUAAAGAAUUUUCAACUCUCGCUUUAUCAUCGGAACAGCCAGAAGAAACCACAAACAAUUUUAAAAAGCCUGGUAUUCUGGAUUUUUUGCAUUCGCGAAAACGGGAUAUUCCGAACGCCACGGCGGCCGCAGUGAAUAUACUGCUAUUGUAUAUUGAGACUGAAGCCGCCACAGGAAACCACACCGAAAUUGCUGACAAACGUAUGUUUUCGACGUCGGGGUACGUGCUAACAUCCAAAAGGAGCAGGCUUCUGGUUGACGCAGUGGACCAAAUAUGCUUAUCACCUCAAAUGUUUCAUUACAUAAUAAUAAAGAUAUAA